AAUAAGGGCCCAACCCCAGGGCCAAGCGGAGAGGGAGCUCAGUCACUACCUCCUCAUCCAGCCAGCUCAGCCGGGCAGGCCCGAGAGGGAGUGGGACGGAGCCUGGGAGGCAGCUGGGGAGGAGUGCGCUGGGCUGAGCUGUGGAGCUGCUUGGCAGCGCAGAGCCCGGACCCCAGAGCUCUGCUGGACAGGAGGUGGCCCAGGAGGCUGGCCAGGGAGCAGCUGAAGGUGGAGAUGGCAGAUUGCUACACGGAGCUGGAGAAGGCCAUCGUCGUCCUGGUGGAGAACUUCUACAAAUACGUGUCUAAGCACAGCCUGGUCAAGAACAAGAUAAGCAAGAGCAGCUUCCGAAAAAUGCUGCAGAAAGAGCUGAGCCACAUGCUGACGGACACGGGAAACCGGAAGGCGGCUGACAAGCUCAUCCAGGACCUGGACGCCAACCACGAUGGGCGCAUCAGCUUCGACGAGUACUGGGCUCUGAUAGGUGGUAUCAGCAGCCCCAUUGCCAACCUCAUCCGAGAGCAGGAGCAGCAGAGCUAAAGGCCCGGCCCUGCCGGCCUGAUGCUCGUCCCAGCCUCCCUCUUCAGCCCUGUGGCCUUUCCACCCCUUCCUCCCUUCUCCCUCUGGACUUCUGAUCCUUGCUGAGCAGUGGAGGGGAGAGGCCAGGGUCCCUUGUGAGUGUCCCGGUCUGGAGGUGCUUCCUUUGGGUCUCAGUCCCUGGAGUCGCAGACCCCAGGGCUCUCAGACCUCAGUGCUGAUGCGGACCCCAGUUUCCUCCCUUGUUCAGUCCACUCCCCCUUCCUGUCUGGUCCCUGCCUGCUUCUGGGUCUGUCCUGAUCCCAGAGGCAAGCUUGGUGACCCGUCUCCCCAUUCCUGGCGGCAGCAGCAGAGACCUUGUCCUUCUCAGCCCUUCCUGGGGGCACCGUCGGGGACUCCCCUCCAGCUGCCUUUGUCUGGGAAUGAGCUAAGCAGGGCUGAGUGCUUCCCCCUGCUCAGCCACUGAAACAGUGUCAAUAAAGGCUGGAUUUGGAGUUUGCACCCCUCA